AUGGCGUAUCUGAUGAGGGUCAUGAGACAGCUGUCUACUGAGAGUAUAGGCAAUGUCUCUGAGGACCUGGUCAGCUCACCUAUGAGCUUUAUACGAACGUUCAAUAAGGAUGAAACUGAUGAAGCGGAUGUAGGAUACGUCCUCUUGUUUUCACAGACAGAGCUGAUCACAAGCAAAGGUUUCCCUUGCGAGAGUUACUACGUACUCACAGAGGAUGGCUAUAUCCUGAACAUACUGAGAAUUCCGCAUGGAAGGAACAAUUCUGAUGCACAAUCAGCGUCCCGACCUGUGGUGGUUCUACAGCACGGUCUCCUGGGAAGCUGCACCAACUUCCUGACCAACCCGGUCAAUGAGAGCCUGGCAUACCUGCUGGCAGACGCCGGGGCUGACGUCUGGUUGGGCAACAGUCGCGGUAACAUCUACUCUACCAACCACACACAUCUAAGCCCCAGCACAAGGGAGUUCUGGAACUUUAGUUGGGACGAAAUGGCCACUUUCGACCUCCCAGCCACGAUCAACUUCGUCCGGGACAAAAGUGGCGCUGACAAGGUGUAUUAUGUAGGUCACUCUCAAGGCACAACGAUAGCAUUCUCGCGGCUCUCUGAAGACCAAGAACUGGCCUCACACAUCAAACACUUUAUCGCCCUGGCCCCGGUUGCACGCGUUGGGUACGCACCUACUCCACUCAGAAAACUUGCACCUUACGCAGACCAAAUAAAAGUGCCGCAAGACUGA